GAUGAACAACACUGGCCAAUCCCUCCUUGGUUUUUUCCUUUUUGUUUUUUUGAGGAACUAAAUCCUGGCACGGCCUCUUCCGCUGACUUCCCCGUCAGGUGACCCGCGUCGCUGGGUGGUCUCCGUUCCGGUCCUUGCCUGAGGGGAGUUGCAAGAGGGGCGGCAGGGGCCUGGUCGUGAAGAGGGAGAGAGCCGACCUGAGCCAGUAGAGCUGCCGGCAGGAGCUGCCGGAGAGCGCCGCGACCGCCGCUAGCCGAGCCGACCGCCGCACCGCCAUGGCCAGCCAGUCGCAGGGCAUCCAGCAGCUGCUGCAGGCCGAGAAGAGGGCAGCCGAGAAGGUGGCCGAGGCCCGGAAGAGAAAGAACCGGAGGUUGAAACAAGCGAAAGAAGAAGCUCAAGCUGAAAUUGAGCAAUAUCGCCUGCAGAGGGAGAAGGAUUUCAAAGCCAAGGAAGCAGCGGCUCUUGGUUCCCAUGGCAGUUCCACCACUGAGGUGGAAAAGGAGACUCAGGAGAAGAUGACCAUUCUCCAGAACAACUUCCAGAAGAACAGGGAGGAGGUGCUGACUAGCCUGCUCAACUUAGUUUGUGACAUCAAGCCAGAAAUCCACUUGAACUAUCGCAUCAAUGGAUAGGGGGGAGGGGAGUGUUUUGGCAUUCAGGAAGUAUUAAGCAAUACCGACUCUAGCUGUGCCCCUCCUUUUGUAACAGAUCUUAACUUAUUUCAGAGAGUUGUAGAUAAUCUUUUUGCCUCUUCUUUCUAAAACUCCUGAGAACCUUUUGUAGCAUUUUUGGAGCUCAUCCAAAGAUACAUAUAUACUAGUUACAUGUCUCAAAAGUGCAUUAUGAUGGAAGGGUAAUAUUGUAAGACUUGUGAUAAGUAUUGCGCAUUCUGUCCCCAUGAAGUAUUUUAAAGUUAGGAAGGAUGAGAUCUCCAAUGCUAUCUUCUGUAUACCUCUUAAAACUGGAAAUGUGUGAGCCUGGUGCUAUGGCCAAUGACAAGCUCACACCAGCAGAGGGAGGAAGUUUUGUUCAUAAAGAGUUGUGAGUCUUACCGUACAGACUAGUCCAAUGACUUGUGAUGGUGUGUUUUCUUGAAGUAGAUUCUGUUUGAACAGCUAUACUCUGUAUAUCUUCCUGUUUAACUUGAACUAGAAUCCUGCCCUUACAAAUGUUUGAAGAAAAGUAAAAGUCUGUGAUUGGAUUAAAA